AAUGCAGAUAAAGACAUCAUGAAGGUGGUCUAUAGAAAAAAAUUAAAACGAUAUAUAUGUUUUUCUGUAACGUAAAGAUAAUUCAAACAAUAUAUGUUUGAAGAAGUUAGAUCAAGAAAAGAGAUUACAUGGAGAAAUGAUGAGCCUUGUACAUUAUGAUGUAUGCCACCUCCUCCUGAGAGUUUAGUGAUAUAUAUCCUCUUACCGUUGAAGGCUCGUGUUCUCAUCAUUGUUUUGAACCCCUUGCCAAUUAAAUAUGUGUUAAUAAUGGUAUUCUCGAGUUUUUUUUAAUACACAAAUAUGUGAGCUUUAGAGUUGUAAUUAAGUCUUUGUUGUGUAUGUGUUAUAAUGGAGCUGACUACUCUCUUGCUCGACCCAUAUAAUGCCCAGAGUAUGCGCUCCUGCCUUUGUGGAUCAACACCAGAUUAUAAACUCCGUUCAUGUGAGACGAAAUACCUACAUAGGCAAAGGUCAAGAUAAAGUAAGCAGAUAUGAUCACGUAGUUUACUACUUGCUUUGGAAGAAUUGCUUACGCUGAAGAAGCCAGCAACAACUCUCUGCCUCAUUGUUCUCUCUUUGGUCAUUUCAGCUAUGGGAAGAGAUUUUCAACUGUAUGACGUGGAGAUUGAGGAAAAGGCCAACUAUGAACCCUGGAAUGUCCCGCUGAUUUCCCUUGAGAGUAAGCUGAAUGAUGAAGCUGUUGUUGGUCAUCCUUCAACGGUUGAAAUGCUUGAAGAUGGAUCGUGUGACCGUGUUUUGUGUAGUCAUAUCAAGUCACUUGUUGUUCCAAUGUUUGAUUGUGAUGUGAAGCCAAAACCAUCUAAAUCCAAGAACAAGAAACCACACAUGCCUUUACAUAAAUCAUCAAAAUCAAAGAAAGUUUCGCCUCUUCCGUAAAGACAAGGUGCUUCUCUGCUCUAAGUGGCCAGAAGAAAGUGAUGAUAGAGAAGACGAAAGAGAAGGUUGUGUUGCAUCCCUCUGAAAGUUGUCUUCAGUAGGAUAAACGAAGCAGUGAAGGGGUCAGCAAGACAAGUGCACAGAACAUUACCUAUCUACAUGAUGAGAUGAGUUUGGUCUCUGGUUUGUUUUCUCCUUUCUCACCUCGGUUCAAAGGUGAAUAGUCCAGUUUAGCAGGUGAUGGAUGGUUUAGUGUACAGUACAGAGAUAUCUUAGCUUUAUGAGACAGAAUUAGAGCAAAGAAUAUGGAAGUAAAGUUGUAUAUGUAAAUAUUAGCAAUAGCAACAGCAAUAGAAGACAUUUGCUACAAAUUGUAUGUUGUGACUCUUGAAAAGUUCUUGCCAACCUGAGAUGGAGAAGUAACUCUUUAUAGAUCUUUUGUUCUUUUCUUUUUCUUUCUGCUUUAUGUUCACAUACACAGCAUCCCUAUUUGAUAGACUAACUUGUAGUUUAUAAUGCAAAUUAAGUUUCUUAUGACUGGACUCUAUAAAGACACACCAAACUCUAUAUUUACUUGUGUUUUGGUCAACGGUUUUGCAAAAAAUAACUGAUCAAAAGGUAAGUCAUAGUACAAGUUUUAACCGGAACAUAUAGAUUCCAUAUGCCAAAGUAACGAGAAGAGAAGAAUAUGCGUUGACAAAGUCAAACGUCAACGAAACCAGCAUGUUACUGACUUGGCUUACACGUCUUUUACCUGAACCCAUCACAUGUCUGAUUACUUGUAAGACUAUCUUUCUUUCUUUUGUCUGCGUGACUGCUUCUCUCUCUCUCUAUUAUAUAAGUCUCGUCACAUCUCAACAAUUACUAAAUUCAUAGUUUUUUCAUUUGGAGAUCUCUGACAUGUCUGUAGAGAAACAGGCUUCGGAGAGCAAGAACAAUGGAAGUUAUUAUAGAUGCUUGUCAUUCUCGUUCGUGGAGUCAUCAUCAACGGAUGGGAAGAAGAACAAACCAUUGUCGUUGAAUCGUAUGGAUUCAAAGAUGCUCAAGGCAGAUAUUGUGAAGUGGGUAAAGCGUGUAGCAGCCUACGCUCGUCAACUUAGCUCCAGAAAACGAGAUUAAGAAACAUGAAAGGAGAAAGGUUGGUGUGAUGAUGAAUUGAUGAUCCUUCCUUCUUCUUCUAUCAUUCUAAAAGAUUUUUGAGAAGUAUUAUUUCACAAAAUAUAUAGGAUAAUAUUUCAUUUUUGUAUUUCUCAAUGCAACAAAAUAGUGGUUUUGUAUUUAUUAUUCCAGCUUGUAAUCUAGUGAGAUGAUCUUAUCUAUUAAGAAGUGUAUAUGUAUAUUCUCUUUCAGGUUCUUAAGACCACAUUUGAUUUU